AUGUCAAACACCGAACGCUCAAGUUUGCCGUCUAAGAAAGAAAAAUUAAAAGAAAGGCACGACAAAUGGAUGCAGAAGAGUCUCCCAACAAUUGAUAAAGAUCCAAAUUUUCAACCACAACCACAAACAAAAAAAUUACAUCAGAAGCCACCUACAAUUGGAUUAAAUAUUGCAAAGCCACAAGUAGCAAGGAAAAAAAUUAUAAAAGAGGAAAUCCAAAGGUUUCAUAAAGUAAUACAGCAUUCUGCUUUUAAAGCUGAUCCGUUGUCAGCCGUAAGACAACAUGUUGAAAAUACUGUAGAAAAAAGAAAGAGCAUUCCAAAUGAUAAUUCAAUGAAUAUAGAUAGAUGA